GCUGGGCGCUGCGCUCGGAUUCCGGGAGGGAAGUGCCGCGCUCCGUCCCUGGCGUCCCCUGUCCUGCCUCCCGAGUGGAGAUGCGCGAGAAGCAGGCGAGGGCGCGCAGCUCCUGAGAAGCCGCGCCACCAGGCACCAUGCACCUGCGGCCGCUGCCCCUCGUCGUGGUCCCCGGCUUGCUGCAGCUGCUAUUUUGUGACUGUAAAGAGGUGGUACAUGCCACAGAGGGUCUGGAUUGGGAAGACAAAGAUGCCCCUGGAACACUGGUUGGAAAUGUGGUACAUUCAAGGAUCAUCAGUCCUCUGCGCCUGUUUGUUAAACAGUCUCCAGUGCCAAAGCCUGGCCCUAUGGCGUAUGCAGACAGCGUGGAAAAUUUUUGGGAUUGGCUGGCCAACAUCACGGACAUUCAGGAGCCACUAGCAAGAACUAAACGGCGACCAAUAGUAAAGACAGGAAAAUUUAAGAAAAUGUUUGGAUGGGGUGACUUUCAUUCCAACAUUAAAACUGUCAAACUCAACCUUCUCAUUACAGGGAAAAUUGUCGACCAUGGAAAUGGAACUUUCAGUGUUUAUUUCCGACAUAAUUCAACAGGCCUGGGUAACGUUUCAGUGAGCUUGGUACCUCCUUCCAAAGUGGUGGAAUUUGAAGUUUCUCCCCAGUCUACCUUGGAGACCAAGGAAUCCAAAUCUUUCAAUUGUCGCAUUGAGUAUGAAAAAACAGAUCGGGCAAAGAAGACUGCCCUAUGCAACUUUGACCCAUCUAAGAUCUGCUACCAGGAGCAGACUCAGAGCCAUGUGUCUUGGUUGUGCUCUAAACCCUUCAAGGUCAUUUGCAUUUACAUCGCCUUUUAUAGUGUUGAUUAUAAACUUGUGCAGAAGGUUUGUCCUGAUUAUAAUUACCAUAGUGAGACCCCAUACCUAUCUUCUGGCUGAAUCUUCCCACAGUGAUGAAAAUGGAGGACAUUUGUAUAUUUAAUUAGAAUGACCAAGAAACCAGUCCAGUUUUUCAUAGUAAAGGAUCCCUUUUGUUUCUGGCAGUGAACUGUAGUUCCCUAUGAGGUUUUCAGAUUAAAAGGAAAACAUAUUCAAAUGUGAAACAUGUUUGUUUCAAUCAUAACGUACCUUUAACUUAAUGUCAAACUACUUAGGAAACCAUCACAUUCAUUUAAGAUGGUUAAAGUCUAAAUAUUAUUGUUUAAAAGAAACAUCAAAAGUGACUACAUGUGAUGGGAAGAAACCAAAUUAUGUGUGUCCUAAACAUGGCUCUUGAAAUAAGCCUGCCUUUGAGAUGUAUUUUGAAAGGUUAACUUAAAAAAUAACAGAUUCAGUCAAGUAGCUGAAAAAAAUUUUAUUUAAUAAGUGAUGGUUUUUCCAACAUUGAACCUAUUUUUUUUACUAUGUCUUUCCCCACAUCUGUGCAGUACUGAUAUGAGAUGUGGACAGGUAAAAUUUGUUUCAAAACACUUGUGUGAAGUUAUAGUGGAACCAAAAACAUUACCAUGUGAGCUAGAGUUGAAUGGAGUGUGAUCUAAGCAUUUAGCCUUGUGUUAGUCAGCACCCUCGUGAUUCUCAACCUGAGCUGAGCAGUAAUACUGGUGCCUGAGAAAGCAAAUCGGGAUCGUCAGUCAGAAUCCAGUGAAGAUUAUAAUGUUAUUAGACCCUUUUACCACAAGAUUAUAAUGUUAUUAGACCCUUUUACCAAAUUAUAAAAAUAUUCACCCUAGUGUUUAGGACCCAUUCUAUUCAUUUGAUAGAAUAUAUAAUGGAAUGUGGGGGAUGGGGGAUAUGGAAUAGAGGGAAAAUAUUCUAGGAUUAUGGAUUCAUAAAUUCUUGCCUCCCAGAUUAAGUUUUCCUUUCAUUUACUAUGGGGAUCACAUUCUAGGUGGGAAUAAAACCUGUUGUAUUUAAACAUUUUUAAUUAUUUAGCACAGAAAACCAAGAUUGCUAGCUCACUAGCCUUUUGAAAUUAUUUCCAAAUUAAUAUCAUUUUAAAAAUCAUCCUUUUUGUCUUCUUUGUAUGAUAGAAUUGAAUGAUCACUGCAAUAGCACAGAAAGAGGGUCUGACUGGGCAGGAAAAGACUUCUAGGAUUCAGGAGUCAUGAAAUGGUUACUUUUUACAAUAAGUUUUCACUUCUUUCCCCCUUCUCUAUGACACAUCAAUUGAGGAAUAAAGAAAGAUAAUUCUUAAAUAACAAAAUGUUUGUACCACACUGUUUAGAAAGUCAGCAGGUCUGUCCUCUAUUUUACAUCUCCAUUUCUUUUCUUUUACUAGUGAUAUCUUCGCGGUGUUUGAUUUUGUCUUUUGUAAAAAUUGUUCUACACUUAGUAUGUGAUAGUACAGGCUUGACGUUUUUGCUCUGAAUUCAUCAGGUGCUUUUGUAAUUUUGUGAUUGGUGAGUAAUAUUGUGAAACAUCUUUUUAUUUUCAUCUAGAAACCAGAGUAUUAUUUAUUGCAAAAUAUAUGGGACCUAUAAAUGUAUAUAUACUUAGAUUUUUCUGUGUACAGAAAAAGUACAUGUACACAUUUCUAUGUAAAUAAAAAGAAUUUGCUAGAUCUGU